AUGCGUUUCCUUGAAGCACUCAAUGUCUUUACGGCAGUGGGAGCUGUAGAUGCUCAUCUAAGACGUGCAGCAACCACCACCUCUUCCUCAUCUGCAACUGCUUCAGCAACACCAUAUUUCGACCCUGCUACCAUCGGCACCUUCAAUCUCACGGCCGCAGUAUCAUCCUCCUCACCAGAGAACAGAGCCUUCCUCAAUCGCAUGGAAGAGGAAUUACUACCAAAUCGCACCAAGCAGGCGCGUCACGGCUCUUAUCUGCGCGAGUUCAGUCAGGGCGAGCCUUUCGAUGCUCGGGGAAUCGUCAAUGGUAGCAGCGAGAAUAUCGAGUCCUUCAUGUACAAGUUCGGCAUUGCAGGUCUCGUCGUGGUCCAGGAUGGUGCCAUUCGAACUGAGAAGUACCAAUAUGGCAAUCUACCUGCCUCGAGAAACGUCAUCCAAUCCUGCACCAAGUCCUUCCUCUCUACAGCUAUCGGGAUUGCCAUCCAGGAGGGGAAGUUAAACAUCACGGACCGAGUCAAGAAAUGGGUCCCGAAUUGA